UCACGGCUAGGAUUUACAGAGACGCUAACGACUGAUAAUGGUAGGCAAUUUGUAAGCGCUAAGUUCAAAAGUUUUUGCCACACAAACGGAAUUAAAUUAAUGCCUACACCUCCCUACUGGCCCCAGGCUAACGGCGAAGUAGAGAACAUAACCCGAUCUCCUGUGAAACGUUUAAAGAUAGCUCACGCGAAUAACGACAGCUACAAGAAAGAAAUCCAGAAAUUCGUAUUGAUGUACAAUGUUACUCCACACGGUACCACAGGCGCUCCACCGACGGAACUAAUGUUCAACAGGGUGAUUAGGGAUAAAAUUCCUAGCAUCCAGGAUCUUGUUGGCGUGAUGGCAGACUCAGAGGAAAAAGGCAGGGAUCUGCUGGAAAAAGAAAAAGGAAAACAGUAUGCAGACAAAUCCAGGAGCGCGGGAAACUUGGAUAUUCGAAUUGGCGACAAAGUACUUUUAAAGAACGUAGUAUUCCCACACAAAUUGACACCUACAUUUGAUACGACCACUUAUGAGGUUACUAAGCGAGAAGGAAAUGUUGACCAGAUACUCGGGGGUGGUAAGACGUACACCAGAAACGUUGGUCAUUUAAAAAAGAUAGUAGAGACUAAAUCGUCUAUGUCGACAAAUCCGAUGGACGUCGACGCAGACUCCUUUCCUUCAACUUCGAUAUCUUUACAGCCAACAACAGAGACUUUAAGCUCACAGGAUGUCUCGAAAUUCUAUGCUUUAACGGGACAGGAGGAUUCGAUGUCUAGUAAGCAGCAUAUACCAAACGAGGACCUGAGACUCCGUCUAAAGAAAAAGGAAGGGGUGUGGCGACCUGUACCAGCAGAGAGCGACGCUAAGGAGAAGAGUAAUGUUCUCUUCCUAUCUCCACAGUAGGUUUGGCUGGUACUUUGCCAAUCCGUUGGCAACGCCUUAUUAUUAGUUCCAGAGUCACCGACCAGAGCGGAUGGUCAAUAAAGAAUAUAAUUAUCAGUUGAUAUAAAGUGUUUUCAUUCAGUGGGAGAUCAUGGUCUUUACACUGGCGACGAGAAUAAAACCGGAGAUUAAGUUUGUACUAACCUUUUGCAAGAAAAAGAUAAUCGAAUCGAUUAAAUCAGCAAACUUUAAGUGUGCAAAAGAAAUGAAUAAUUAUGACGGAGCUGAAACCUUUUCUAUGCCAGGCGAUGGACAAGGCGCUAUGCCGUACGGAGUGGGAAAUGUGGCUGCGCGCAUUUACUAUAUAUGUGGACACGAAGGAGAUCACAAAUGUGUAUAAAAAGAGGAAUAAACUCCUUCACUUGGGUAGACCUCAGCUUCAGGCGGUUGUGUAUAGCAUUCCCGGCGCCUUGAUACCAUACGAUACGACGACAAGGCUAAAAAUGACGUGUUUACUCCUUUGGUAAGCAAACUAAAUGAGAAUUUUUCACCGCUGCGAAAUUUCGCGUUCGAAAGGCACCUGUUUCGAUCUAUGACACCGGUGGAGGGAGAAGGUUUUACGGAGUUUUUACUUAGA